AAUACGUACGAUCGGGAGACGCAGUGAUAAAUUAGUGAAAUUUAGUGAUAAUGGGGCGCUCGAAAAACCGCAAAAGGGACAAGAAAUCAAAGAAGAGACUGCUGGAUAAACUACGGAGAGCACUGGAAUCAUCUUCAAGCAGUAGCUCGGAUACUUCAUCGAGUUCGACAUCCUCCUCCAGUGAGGAGGCGCCUUUAGACUGUGAUAUGGAAAAGGGUGAGUUAUCCCUUCAGGAAAGGGGGGGAGAGCCCGACAUCCAAAAUAACCCAUUGCCAGUACCAGAUAAUGACGCCUUAGACCUGUUAGGCUCUAAACGUAAGGCCGAUAUUUCUUAUGCUGAGGAUAUCCAUAUAGAGAUAGCAUCUAGGUGGGAAGACUUUCUAAAAUCUGGUAUUGAACGGGAUGAAAAGAAAAAAAUUAUGGAUAUAUAUCCAAUUGUAGGCAAUUGCAAAUUAUUAGCUGCCCCUAGACUCAAUGUGGAAAUACAGUCCACAAUGGAAGAAAGCGUUCUCAGACAAGACGCUUUCUUAGGGCGUACCCAAGACGAGCUAGGAGCGGCAAUCUCAGCUCUAGCAAUACCUCUAGAUAAGCUCUUUUCACAGCCCUCUGAAGAAUCCAAGGAUCUUCUAAAGCAUAUUGCCAAUGCAGCAAAAUUGCUGACAAACGUACACCACAGCUUAUCAAGCCACAGACGACACAUUAUUCUUCCAAAAGUAAACCCUACCAUACGUAAAUCCAUAGAGCAGUUCCCUAUUGAUGAACUCCUCUUUGGACAAAAAUUUGCAGAUCAGUUGAAAUCUACGAAAGAGUUAAAGAAAACCUCCUUGGAAUUAAAGAUUGCCAACCCGAAACAGAAAUUCCAGUCAAAAAACUACAAGCGCCCUUGGAACAAAUCGAAAUUCAAACAGAAAGGGAAGUAUCAGGACCAGAAGACAAUCAGGAAGGAUCAGAGAAGCCGCCUUGUGCGUCGGAAACCGGAAACUUACACACCAUCCCGAUUCCAACCUUAGAGGUAGAUAUAGCAAGUCAGAAAUAUGCUGGUAGACUUAAGAGUUUUAUAAAUGAGUGGAGAACCCUAACAGAUAAUCCUCUAGUUUUAAGCUGGAUACAAGGGUUAAAACUACAAUUUUUACAACAACCCUUUCAAAAUAGUUGUAAAAAUAUGUUGAAAAACCCAGGGAAAAACAUUUUAGAUAGCUUAAAAUGUCUUUUAAGUGUUGGGGCGGUAACACCAUGCAGGCAUACAAAGAACCAAUUUAUUUCUCCAUAUUUUUUACGAGAAAAAUCAAACGGACAGUUCCGUUUUAUACUUAAUCUGAAACAUCUAAAUGAAUUUUGUUUCAACCCUCCACACUUUAAACUAGAGGACUAUCGCACGGUGUUAAAGUUAUUGUACCCUAAUUGCCUAUUUACUUGUAUUGACUUAAAGGAUGCGUAUUUCCUUAUUCCCAUACAUUCAGAACACAGAAAAUUUUUAAGAUUUGUAUUUGAAAACCAACUCUACCAAUUUAAUUGUCUCCCAUUUGGGCUAAGCAUAGCACCCUAUAUAUUCACAAAAAUUAUGAAACCUAUUUUAAUGAAAUUACGAACCGAAGGCAUUAUUUGUAUAUGCUAUUUAGAUGAUAUCUUAAUAAUAAGUUCAUCCAUAAAACAAGGUGUUGAAGAUGUAAACAAAACCGUAUCUAUAUUACAACAAUUAGGUUUCAUAGUAAACUUUAAUAAAAGUCAAUUAACACCAAGCACAGAGUGUACAUAUUUAGGUUUUAUUUUUAACUCGGAAAAUAUGACUGUUUCCCUUCCUCAAAAUAAACGUCAAAAGAUUAUAGAAAAUAUAAAUAAAAUGUUAUCACAGUCUCGCUGCACAAUUAGGGAAUUUGCAAAGUUAAUAGGUGUUCUUACAGCUGCUUGCCCUGCUGUUAGGUAUGGCUGGCUUUACACAAAAAUUUUGGAGCGGGAAAAAAUUAAUUUUCUUAAAACAAAACACAGUUAUAAUAAAUACAUGCUGCUUAGUGCAAAAGUGAAAACCGAACUACGUUGGUGGUGUAAUAACGUAAAACAUUCUUUUAAUCCAAUUAUGAAAGGGACAUACGACAUUGUAAUUUUUUCAGAUGCUUCAAAAAUUGGGUGGGGAGCUAGCUGCAAUGGCGUGAAUAUUCAUGGGUUCUGGAAUAGCCAGGAAAUACAAAUGCAUAUUAAUUAUCUAGAAUUAUUAGCAGCUUACAAUGCCUUAAAAUCUUUUACAAAACACCAAGUGAACAUUAGCAUUCUAUUCAGAAUUGAUAACGUUACAGCCAUAUCUUUUAUUAACAAAAUGGGGGGAGUUAAAUACAAAAAAUUGCACAAAGUAACUAAAGACAUUUGGCAAUUUUGCGAAAAGAAACGGUUUUCGUUGUUUGCAUCGUAUAUCAACACCAAAGAUAAUAUAGAGGCAGAUUUAGAAUCACGAUGCAAAAAGAUUGAUACUGAAUAUGAAUUGAGUAAUAUCGCUUUUCAAAAAAUUUGUAAUAAAUUUGGCUAUCCUGAAAUUGACUUAUUUGCCACUGAGCUAAAUAAAAAAUGCAAAAGAUAUAUCUCUUGGAAGCCAGACCCAGGGUCGGUGGAUGUAGACAGUUUUACAAUAAGCUGGACAAAUUAUUUUUUCUAUGCGUUUCCACCUUUUUCGAUGAUCUUAAAAAUGCUAAAUAAAAUUGUAACAGAUUGCGCAACGGGAAUUGUGGUAGUACCCUUGUGGCCCGCACAACCCUGGUUCCCGUUGUUUCGAAAUCUUAUGAUAGCAAAACCGAUUUAUUUUAAACCACGAAGGAACCUUAUUUUAUCUCCUUUCAGAAAACCACAUCCAUUAUGGAGAGACACUACCCUGGUAGCAGCUCAUUUAUCAGGGUUGCGUUUUCGAAAAGGUCGUUCCCUGAAGAAGCCAUUCAAGGAAUAGUCUCCUCGGUAUCAGAGUCGACUAUGAAGCAUUAUGAUGGUUGGUUCAAAAGAUGGUGGGUUUUUUGCAUAGAGGCACACCAUGACCCGUGGGUUUACUCCUUAAGCCACUUCAUAAAUUUUUUAAAUAAACAAGCGCAAAGUGGGAAAUCUUUCUCGGCCGUAAACAGCUGCAAAGCAGCUUUGUCUUUCAUACUUCCUAUUUCUAGCACUGAUGAACCCCUCAUAAAAAGAUACCUGAAAGGAAUAUAUAAUCAAAACCCACCAAAACCAAAGUAUGAUACGACAUGGGAUCCGUAUCCUGUUUUAUCAUUCUUGGAAAAAUUAGUUCCUUUAGACCGUUUAACUUUAGAGCAAUUGUCUUAUAAAUUAGUAACCCUACUAGCACUCAUCUCAGCGCACAGGGUUCAAACUCUAUCAAAAAUAAAAAUUCACAACAUCAUUAGAUUUGAGGAUAGGCUGGAGAUUCUCAUUCCAGAUAGAAUAAAAUCCAGUGGUAAGAAUCGACAACAACCUGUUCUCAAAAUUCCGUUCUUCUUGGACAAGCCAGAAUUGUGUUUGGCAACUUGCAUACUCUUUUACAUCGAAAAAACAAAAUCAUUUCGGGAAGAAGGGUAUGAUACACUUAUUUUAACACACAAAAGGCCUUUUCAUGCAGCAAGUAGCCAGACCAUAAGCAGGUGGAUAAAACACACCUUAAAAAUGAGUGGAAUAAGCACAGAGCAAUAUUCAGGACACAGUGUCAGACAUGCUGCUACGUCAGCUGCUAACAGAGGGGGUGUGAGUGUAGAGGAAAUUCGGAAGAGAGCUGGAUGGACAGAAAAAUCAGCAACAUUUAACAGGUUUUAUAACCGACCUCUAGCUGUCCCUCCAGACCUUUUUGCUAGAGGAUUAUUGAAAGGGUCUAACGUAAAUUCUUGAAUGAACUCUUUUUUCAGUAUUUCUGAAUAUUCAUUCAUAUGUUAGGAUAUAUUAAUAUAUAUCCUUUAUUACUUUUAUUUUAUUUGGUUGCCAUUAUUAUGUUAUUACAAUACAAAAAUGUUAUUAUAUUCAUAAGUUUACCACUUGAAUUUAAUAUUAUAGGUUUUAAUGUUUUUUUUUAAUUCGAAGAGUUUUUUCGAUUUAAAAUGGGUUUUUUCUCUAUGUAAUUUGAUAUAUAAAAAUAAAUUUGUUCUGCAUUACUCUUGAUAGCCUUAUUUAAGUCUUUAAACAGCUACUCUAUGUGUAAGAAAUUAUGUAAUACGAGGACAAAACUGUGAAGUGUAAUUAAUAGAUCAAAUGACUUACCUUAAGGAAAUUUGAUCCUAAUUACACGAACAGUUUUGUCCGAAGUAUUACAUAACCCAAUCCCCAAAUUUAUAAGUACA